AUGGUCGACGCAUCAUCGUCCGCUCGGGCGGUAAGGGGAGCCGGGGAGGCGGUGGCGGCGGCGCCCAAGCAGAGUGAGCAGGAGGACGGGAAGGGGUACAUAUGCGGCGGCUGGAAAAGUGAGGACGGAAGUUUGCAUUGCGGAUAUUCGAGCUUCAGAGGGAGAAGAGCAAGUAUGGAAGACUUCUUCGACAUGAAAUCAUCUAAAAUGGAUGCUAAACAAAUAAACCUCUUUGGAGUAUUUGAUGGACAUGGUGGUUCAUGUGCCGCUGAGUAUCUCAAGGAGCACUUAUUUGAAAAUCUCUUGAAACAUCCAGCUUUCAUUAGUGAUACAAAAACAGCAAUAAGUGAGAGUUAUACAAAGACUGACUCAGAUUUCUUGGAUGCUGAAACCAAUAUUCAUAGAGAGGACGGGUCAACUGCAUCAACCGCAAUUUUGAUUGGCAACCAUCUUUAUGUGGCAAAUGUUGGCGAUUCACGGGCUGUAAUAUCGAAGGCGGGCAAAGCUAUUGCGCUCUCGGAUGAUCACAAACCAGACAGAAGUGACGAGCGGGAACGGAUUGAGAAUGCUGGAGGAGUUGUUACAUUUAGUGGAACAUGGAGGGUAGGUGGUGUCAAAUGA